GCCAACGAAAACUCAUCACACAAAACAGCAGAGACACGAUCACGUACAAAGAACACACAAGGAAAAAAGCAUCUCUCUAUUUUCCAGUUUCCUUCCAUUUUUUCCUUUAGAUCUCUCCCGCCAUCUAGCACAAACUCUUUGUAAGAAAAACUUACAUACACAAAAGUUUUAUCAUUGUUUUUUUCCGGUACAAACGGAGAUGGGUUACAAAAACAGUGCAGAAGCUGAAACAGAGGCAUGCUUAAACGAGGCUUUAUUGUUUGCUACUAUGUGUAUAAUUGGACUCCCUGUUGAUGUGCAUAUUAGAGAUGGUUCUGUCUACUUUGGGACUUUUCACACUGUUUCUUUUGACAAGGAAAACGGUAUUGUUUUGAAGGAAGCAAGAUUGACUAAAAAGGGAAAAUCCAGUGCAAAUGUAGGUAAUGGGAGUGUGAUAGAGACACUUGUAAUUCUUUCAGUUGAUAUUGUUCAAGUUGUUGCUAAGGGAGUUCUAUUUCCAGCUGAUGGUGUCGCUGCAAAUAUAUCUGGUGACAAUGCAGAAGCUGCUGUAACCAAUGCUUCAUCUUCUGAGAUUGCAGUGAGUGAGGCAAAGAAAUCUAAAAUGUUCACUGUGGAUAGAAAGAAAUCUAAUCAAAACAGGGGUUCAGCCAAAAACAAGAAUGGUUCUUCUCAAGGUCUUAUGGUGACAAGAGCAGGGAAGGAUCAUGAAGGGAGAAAAAUGCCACCAAAUGACAUAGGAAAUGUCAUGGAAUUUGAACAUGGGAAAAGAGAUUGUGUAAAUAUCUCAAAGAGAGAAGCUUCUUCCGGUGAAUCAGUUAAUGGAAGGCAGACUGGAGAAGACUGGUCACAGGGGGAGCAGGAUCUCUAUAAACAUAAGUUCGAGUUUCAAAGGGAAAAGAGUGCUGAUGAAGUUCAUAGCCCAAAGGCAAUCACAGGGCCUCACCUCAGUGAAGCAAAACCCGUUGCAGAAGGGCGAGUAACAGUGAAGCUGUUGCCUAACGAUGUAUCUUGUAAUUCUCCUGGCAAGCUUAUGAAGCCAGACAAUCAAUAUUGUAGAAGGCCUGCUUCUGUGGGAACCACUUCUCCUAUUGCUGUUUGUGCAAGUGUUUCAACUUCUUCCAAUCCAACUGUUGAUGUUCCUUCAGAAUCACUCUGUAGUUCAUUAGCAAAUUCUACUGAUGCAGUCUCUCCACGAAUCUCAGAAUCUAAUAGAAGCUCCAAGGCAUUCAAACUCAAUCCAGGAGCAAAAAUUCUCUCCAUCUUUUUCCAAUCCUAUAUCAGCUACUGCUCCAGCAGUGCCAACAGCUGCAAGCAUGGCUUACAUUCCAAGCAACUCUCCAGCGGUACCUGUUGCUGCUGUCCAGCCAGAAGUUGGGAUCCCUUUUGCACCUCGUUCAUCUGUCCCUGCCAAGUACCCCCCCUAUAGCAACUUGACAGCUGUAAAUGGUGG